AUUGUCUUCCGUGUGUGUGUGUGUGUGUGUGUGUGUGUGUGUGUGUGUGUGUGUGUGUGUGUGUGUGUGUGUGUGUGUGUGUGUGUGUGUGUGUGUGUGUGUGUGUGUGUGUGUGUGUGUGUAGGCAGAGGAGGUGGUGGUGGUGGAGUAGGGACAGUGGCAGGCCUAGGUUUGGGGUCAUGGCCAUGGGGGGGCCGCAUCCCGUCCUCCACUUUGCAACGGGAGAGGCGCUGGGGCUGGGGGUCUUGGGGCGGAGGUCCAUUCAGGGGAGCUCCCCGACUCUCCGAGCUCAGGCCGUGGCUGAAUGGAGGCACGGUCGGAGCGGCAGGAAGUGGAGCUGGUAGUGGUGGUGGGGGAGGAGGAGGCGUGGAGGAGAAAGGAGGCAAGGUGAGAUGUUCCCGCAGAGUCUGGGUCCUCCUCGGCUCACUCGCCGUCGUCUUCCUCACCUCGCUCUUCUUCUCCGUCUCGCUCCGUGGGGGCGUCGGCUUCAACUACCUGGAGCCGCCGGGCUGGGAGGAGUCGAGACGGGUGAAGCUGGUGCCGAGCUACGUGGGUGCACACAGGCAGUCGCCACCAGACACCCCGCAGCAGAGGACAUGUGCCUGCACACGCUGCGUCGGAGACCCUGGCGUUUCUGAUUGGUUCGAUGAGAGCUACGACCCGGAUAUCUCACCUGUUUGGACCAGAGACAACAUCCAGCUGCCGUCUGAUGUCUACUACUGGUGGGUGAUGUUACAGCCCCAGUUCAAACCCCACAGUAUCCAGCAGGUGCUCCUGAGGUUGUUUCAGGUGAUUCCAGGAAGGUCCCCGUACGGCUCGUGGGACCCAGGACGCUGUCUGCGCUGCGCUGUGGUGGGAAACUCCGGAAACCUUCGAGGGGCGGGAUACGGGGCAACCAUCGACGGACACAACCACAUCAUGAGGAUAAACCUGGCCCCCACGGUGGGCUACGAAGAAGACGCCGGCAGCCAGACGACUCACCACUUCAUGUAUCCAGAGAGCGCCAAGAACCUGGCGGCAAACGUCAGCUUCGUCCUGGUUCCCUUCAAAACACUGGAUCUAGUCUGGAUCACCAGCGCCCUGUCCACCGGACAGAUUCGAUUUACGUACGCUCCAGUAAAGCAGUUCCUCCGUGUAGAUAAAGACAAGGUUCAGAUCUUCAACCCAGCAUUCUUUAAAUACAUCCACGACCGCUGGACCAGACAUCAUGGGCGCUACCCCUCCACUGGCAUGCUGGUGCUCUUCUUCGCCCUGCACGUUUGUGAUGAGGUGAACGUGUUUGGAUUCGGGGCGGACAGUCGAGGGAACUGGCACCACUACUGGGAGCAGAACCGCUACUCCGGAGAGUUCAGAAAGACCGGCGUUCACGAUGCAGACUAUGAAGCUCAGAUCAUCCAGCGGCUGGCCAAGGCCGGCAAAAUCACCGUGUUCCCCGGGAAAUAACCAGCACAUUAAUAUAAUAUCUAAUGUUUUCAACACCUGGUACAGCAGCAGAUACUGUAGAAGCUGCUUGCGAUGUGUUUGUAUUCUGGCUUUCUUAACUGUACCUGCACCAGUUUUGGGUUUCCCAGCUGAAGUUAACCAAAUGCUCUCAGAAGGCAGGACAAACUGGGCACCAAAUGGUACCAAAAAAUAUAAUCCCAUUCACUUCCCCUCAUCUUCGGGAGGUAGCCAGAGGCGCUGAUUAGAGAACAUGGUGUACACUCACUCACCAAAAAACCAGGACCAAGGAGCAUGUAGAUGAAACAAACUCACGUUAGAGUAGGUGUUGAGCCUUACAUUUACAAGGGGAACAAACAGAUUCUUUUCUCAAGGUUUUCCUCUGUGAGAGUCAGUUUAAGGAUGAGAGAAGAGAUGGGACAGCUGGAGACAUAGAAAACUAAACCAAUCCACAGAAAUACUGCACAGAGGAAGCCAGAGAGGGGAAAAUCUCACAUGCAAAUUCCCCUUGUCAAAAGAUCCCAAAGUUAUAAAAAGGCCACAGAAAAGGAACACCAUAAAGUAUCUAUUUCUCCUCUAAGCUGUGGAUGGAUGUCAGCACUGUACAGCAAACAGCAUGGACACUAUGGACACUAAUUGCAGUGCGUACUGUUAGCAUUUGAAGACUGAAGGGCUGAGUUCCCGUCUCCUACAGGACGCAGGGCCAUGACUCCUUUUAGAAAGAUUUCUUCCUCUCAAACAUUGCAUGAGGCAAAAACCCUCACGUUGACACGUUGCCCCUUUUCUCCGUCAUAACUCCACUUUAUGUGAGCUCUGCCUCAGAUGACAGUGUGACAGGGGCCUUGUCGGACUAUGACGGGAUGUGAAACGGUUGCUUAUAAGACGGAAGGUGAUGCUGUGAGUUUAUAUCGUAUGACUUUCCUCUAAAUUCCCCCCCUCCAGGUCAGUACCACAGCUAUGCAGGACCAUGACUGUUCAGUGGACUCAGAAGGACCACUGCAGCACUGGCCUGAGCCUCAGCUUGUGUAGAGCUUUGCUUCAGUCUUUAUUCACUCAUCCCGGCACAAGGAGAAGAAGUGUUCAUGGGGAGCGCAGGUUUGGCUGCAACAGAUUCUAAUGAGGCCAAAAAGUCCAUCUCCUGGGAUUUCAUGUUUGGAAGGAGGCAUGCUGGUUUCUGGACUAGAGUUUAAUCCCCAUGUGGUCUGUCAGAGUCUAUUUUGGGAGAGGAGGACUGGAGAGCUCAAGCGUGAAGAACCAGUCUGACUAAAGGCAGCAUUAGAAAUGCAUUAAGUUUCUCCUGUGUUUUUAAUGAUGAAACAGAAAGACGUUGGUUCCUCAGCUUGCUAGAGUGAAAUACAAACUGAACUGGGUUAACCACUUUGGUUUGGGACUGAAGUUUAAAGAGAUCUCGCUCUUGCUUUUUUUUUUUUGCCCCGACUGAAACUCCAGCCUGACUCCCUCGAUCCCAGAGGAGUCAGAGACUGUCCGGAGCGUUUGGCUCCAGAUUAAAGCUCAUAUGAUUGGGUGAGAGUAAAUCCCAUUGGAUCUGGGAAUUCCUCUACCUGUCAGUAGAUCGGCUUCAUUAACCACUUGCCCUAGUCCCUGCUCAGCCAAUUAAAAAUUCAGCUCAGUCUUAAGGGGACGGAGCCACCAGACGCCUUAGACUCCACCUCUGGACCGCAUCAUCUGCACUGUUUGUUCUGAUUUUCUCACUGUUUGCAUAUCUCCCUUCAGACUGCAGUGUUAGUUGCAGGUACUGUUUGAGUUUACACUUACUCAUAUUGGAUCAUCUUUUCCACCCAGGUGCCACAGUCUUUGUUCUUAACAUGAUUUUCUAUCAUCACAUUUAACCCAUAUACACAUCUACAGCCUCCAUAUCAGUGACGGAAGAGGUGCUAGGCUGUAAGAGAAGAAAUGUGUGCCACAGAGAGGAAGGAGAGUGUUUCUCAAGAUGCAGCUGUUGUCUUACAAAGACUGCUCAUGGUUCUUACGCAGGUCUUUCAAAAUAUUGUAAAAAAUGUAUACAAGACGUAUGUAGUUAUGUAUUGAUUUGAAAGGUAAUUGACGAGUAAUAAUGUCUCAGUAGAUACCUCAUGAUCUAAAACUCACCUUCCAAACUAACUUCAAAUUACUGUAGUAUUUAUGUCAGUUACAAUAAUGAAAGUCAAAAUACAAUUACUUUUUCUUCUUCCUCUUAAAACGUAAUUAUGAAUUUUAAACAUGUCUAAAUUAUAUUACAUAUUUCUCGACAGGGUGCCAGUUUAGCUCAGCAUGCGCCUGAUUUAUAGAACGGUCCAACUUUGACCCUCCACCCCUUUGCAGCAUGUCAUCCUCCAGUUUCUGUUCUAUCUAUUACAGCAAAAAUUACACAAAAAUAUUCCCAAAUAAGCAACAGUACAGAUUUAAAGGUGCCCUGAAGACUGUUUGACCACUAUUAGUGCUAUGGAGCACUUUUUUUAUUUUUUAAUGCAUGUACCACUGCUAGGGUGAGACAGCAUUUCCAGCAUGACGACCACCAUCAAUGGGACUCCAAAGCCCCCCGCAGUAACAGAUGGGUGACAUCACUCAGGCCUGGUGCAUUAAUAUUUACAGUCUGUGGUGUAGUUUAACAGUGGAUGAUAAUGAACGAUUGAAUGCUUGUCCUUCCAUGCCACUAAUUGUUUCCAGGUAUGGCUUAAAAAACAUUCACAACUUCAAGUGUAUUAGAAUUGGUCUAACCAAGUUUUUUCCUUCUAAGCCCCGCCCACUUUGAAUCACUAAUACGAGCACAGACGUAUGAGACAAAAUCCAUGAAGAACAUUUUCACAGAAGUUAACAAAACUUAUAUUUUUACGUAAUAUCCCAACAGUAACAAGCAGGCACAGAAAACUAUGUUUUCAGGGUCUUUGAUGCUCCUUCAAAACUCAGAAACUAGUUCAAACUUCUCCAAGGUUGUUUUCCUCUCAGAAGGAGUCUGUGUAUCGUUCCAGUGACUCAUUAUGAAAAACCAAUCUGCCGACUAAAACGUGGUGAACAGAAGCUGCAUAGGAACCAUGAGUGCCAGCUGCUGGAAGUUUAAUGUGAAAAUAACAUAUGUUUAUGUGUGAGAAGAGAAACUGUGUGUCGUUCAAAGUGAAGGAUGUCACCACACAGCAUGUAAAAACCCAUUCUUGUUGAGAUGACACACAUGUGGAGGAGUCGGGGCGUCAUACUGCCCCCCGCAGGCGAUGUGAAGAACUGUUCCUCCUGUAUUGAUUGAGUUAUUGUAUUUAAUUUGAACAAACUUUUGAGGAUUUAAUUUAACCACUCUGGGCUCUCAUGUGUUGACACUGUGUUUUUUUGUUGCUUUCACUGUGUUUGUCCAUCUUUGCACAUAACUGACAUGAUAUGAUGAUGUAGUACCCGAAUCUGGACAUACUGUUUGUGUUUCUCUCUCUCUCUUUUGUCAAACACUCAAACACACACACUCAAACACACACACUUUCAUGCUUCUGUGCCUUGUCUUGCUGCUGCUGAACGCCUCCCGCCUACAGCUGCUCCAUCGGCAACACACACACCUGCCACCUUUGCAUAUUUUUAGCCACUAACACACACACGUCUUCUGGCUGAGAGCUGUGCCUUCUGAGCUGUACACACACACACACAGAUACACACCUACACACACUCUCUGCCUUCUGCUCGGGGUGCAGACGCCUCCCGCUCUUCACUUCUUAAUGCUUUGUACACUGAUGUUGUUUUUUUAAAGAUGGCUGCAGGCUACAGAGAGGCUGUUAACUCUGCAUGCAGAGUGACUUGCUGUGGACUCAUAUUAGGACAUUUGCUACUUUUCUGAGCAUAUCGUGUGUAGACAUUUAUGCUUUUUUUCUAGAUCAUGUGUAGUGACAUGGCAGGAAAGAGGGUCAGCUGCCGGACUGACGCUGAAAGUUACAGGUACCUGUCGUAUCUUUAUGCUUUAGUUUAAAAAUAAAAACAGCGUGACUGUAGUUUAACAGCGAUUGAUGAUGACAAAGUGUGUAGACAUAUCAGUGAACUGCUGCUAACAUGGUUCACUGUUUUUAUGGAGUGGUCAGCUAAUGUGGUUCCUGUGUUUUUAAUGUUUGUUUCUCCUUCCUGCUUCAAAAUUAAUGUGUUUUAUUUUUGGACCCUCUGGUAGGAAUAUAACACAUUCACAUCCUGUUCAUGCAGCCAGCUGAGGGUUGAAAGAUUCGAUAAAGAAGCGAGACCCUUAUUCUGUUCCAGCAGUCACUCUGUUAGAUCUCACAGCUGAUAACAAAGACAUUGUGAUCAGACAGGAGCAGGGUGACCCCCCCCCCCCCCGCUGUGAGUUCCCCUAAAUUAGAGGGUUUUUUUUUCCUCCUAUGGUGCUUGUCACAGAUGUGAGUGUGUUCUCUGGAGCUUUUCAGACAUAAAGUAGGUCUUUCCUCCUGUUGCUGACCCAGUACACGUCUUCUUUCUCAUCUGGAGACGAGUCUUUAAAUAAUUGGGAGCACACAUUUAUAGGUCACACUGUCUCUGUUUUUCUGCUGUGUCGGGAACUUUGAUAGUGAACAAAGAUCUGUGCUGGAAAUAACAGUAGUUGGAAACUCAAAUUUAAACUUGUCAUAUUUCACUUUUCAUUGGCUAUUAUGCAGAAUGAGUUUCGAAACCAAAACAGUCUAAAAGUACGGAAGCCCUAAGUGGACAUACAGCCAUACAUUUAAUUUAACUCCAGUGAUGAGCAAAUUUGUUUCUUUGAGAUUUCGAAUUUAUUAUCUUGUUAUCUCGAGAUUACAACGCUGGUUUCCUCCUGAUAACGAGUUAAUUUCUCAUGAUAUUGAGAAAAACAGCUGGUUUAAAGUUGUUGUAAGAGGAAAAAGGAGAUAAAUAAAAUGUAUGAAUGCACGUCUCUACUGGGCGUCCAUAUGAAAACACACCUGUCCAGGCUAGAAAACGCUGAUGUUUCACUCAGAAGGCACAUUUUGGUUUUUACAUUCCCUUGUAUAUGUGAAGAGAUAGUUUGACAUUUUGGAAAUGCGUUAUUUAGCUGAGUUAGGGAGGAAGGUUUAUACAACCGGAGUAAACAUGUGGUCAUUAUCAGACAGUUAGGUGAUAGCUUAGCUUAACAGGGACAGAAAAUCAGCUAGCCAGUUAGAAACAGCUACUGGUAAAUACACGGUGUGGCACAUAACCCAAAAGUGAAAGUAAUUUUUUUUAAUACUUCUGUGUGUGUGUAAAUUACACAAAUAAGAUAAAUCAUAUUAACCAGUGAGUUAAGGAGUCCAUAAAAUGCUAUUAUACUCUCAAAAGCUAGCUGUUUGUAGUUUAAGCUAAGCUAACAGUCUCAUGGCUGUAUCUUAAAUUUUAGCAUACAGAUAUGAGAAAAGUAUAGUUCUUCAAAUUCAGAGAAAAACUAAUAUUUUAAAUAAUUAUCAGGGGAAAUUAAGUGGUUUUCUUUCCUUUCUUUUGUACUUUAUAUUUUAGUACCUAUUUAUUAAAUAUCAGUCAGCACCGUUUUAAUGAACUGAAAUUAACAAAACAGUAGAAAUUUUGAUCUAUUCGUGGCCUGGUAGAGUAAAAAAAAAGGAAAA